AUGGAGUACUUGUCAAGAUGUCUGGGUAAUGUAGCAGGUGAUAAGCAAUUUAAGUACCAUCCAAGAUGCAAGAAACUGAAUAUAACCCAUAUGAUGUUUCCUGAUGAUCUCCUGAUGUUUGCAAGAGCUGAUAUCCCCUCUGUAACUGCUUUGUUUGGGGCUUUCACUAAAUUUUCACUUGCUUCUGGUCUGCUGGCUAAUUUUCAUAAAAGUGAGGUCUGCACUACUGGUAUCCCUGGUAGUUUAUCUGAUCAGAUUGUAGAGCAAAUUGGCAUUCCAAAGGGUUCUUUUCCCUUCAAGUAUCUUGGUGUUCCCUUAACAGCCAGGAAACUUAAGUUUGCUGAUUGCAAACCUCUCAUUGAAAAGAUAGUUGUUAGAGUGAGAAGGUGGGCUGCAAAAUUUUUGUCUUAUACAGGGAGGUUACAAUUGAUCAAAUCUGUCUUAUUUGGUUCUGAGCUGGGUUCAAAAAAAGCUCCUGUUCCAUGGGAGCAGAUGUGCUUUCCCAAGAGUUGUGGAGGGUGGAAUUUGACCAAUCUGGUUAUCUGGAACAAAGCAGCUGUUGUGAAACAUCUAUGGGCUCUUUCUAUGAAACAAGAUAGACUGUGGGUUAAAUGGAUUCAUGUUUACUAUGUGAAAAACCAGAAUUUCUGGAAUAUGCCUGUUCCCAAUGGGCUCACUUGGUCUCUUAGGAAGAUUUGGCACAGUAGAGACAUGGUGAUGCAAGCUGGUAAUUUUGACCAGUUUACUUAUGCUGGCAAAUUCAAGAUCAACAAAAUGUAUAAAUAUUUACAUGAUAUUGGAGGGCAUGUUGCCUGGAAGAGAAUCAUUUGCAAUAGUAAAGCUACCCCUAAAGCUGCCUUCAUUGCUACUGAUGAGAGCCUUGACCAUCUACUUUUCGAUUGCUCUUUUUCCAAGGAGGUCUGGGGUGGUGUUCUUCAGCAUAUGGGAGCCAGUAGGUCAGUAAUGCAGUGGGAGUUGGAGGUGCAGUGGUGUUCAGUCAAGAGCAGAAGCACUAAAGAAGCUGAUAUCAGGAGAAGCAUUGCAUUUGCUGAAACUGUCUAUGCUUUGUGGCUGCAGAGGAAUGCCAAGAUUUUCAAGAACAAAAUUGAACCCAUUGAUUGUAUUGUUAGGAGAAUCUUAUUCAUAGUGUCUUGUAGAUGUGAACAUGGGAACAAGGAGGUUUGGAAGAAGAUAUGGCAUGCUAACGUCUCGGAAAAAGUGAAAAACCUGAUAUGGAUAGCUAUCAGCAAUGGCCUUCCCACAAUGGGUAAUCUGGCUCGUCGUGGGAUGGAAGUGAACCCAGUGUGCCCCAGAUGUGGCCAGGCGAAUGAAAGUGUGUACCACAUGGUACUGCAGUGCUCGGAAAGCAGACUUCUUUGGCGCAUAUCUCCUGCCAGGAUUGACCCUGGGAGCAGUCACUACCUUACUUUCUUUGAGUGGUGUAAGACUAUCCUAGGACAAUGCAAACUUGAGGGAGUGUGGGAGAUGGUGAUGAUGGUGGUAGGGCAAGUGUGGAACCUAAGAAACCUAUGGGUGUUUGAGAAGAAAAGAGUUGAUCCUAUGCUAGCUUGUAACAAGAUGAUAAGCCUUCUGGGUGAAUACGAGGCUGUUAAGGAGCGCGUUGAGUGUGCUGACCCACCUGGUUGUGUAGCUCAUUCGUGGUCUUCUCCUACUACUGGGCUCUACAAACUCAAUCCGAUGCGGCAACAGCUGCUAACUCUACAGGUGUGGGUAUGGUUGUGA